GUGUAUUUUAAGUGCGGUAGAGUCGGCAUUUGUAAACAAGGGGAAAAAUAAAUAUUAAAAUUAUUUACUUCGUAUAAAGAGUACAAACCGAUUAUAAUAUUUUAAAAAUUCGCAACAUGUGUGAUAUGCAACCAUUUUGUGAAAACUUGGAAGAGCUGGAGGAUGAAACCUUUGAUGAAGAAAAGUCCGGACGCACGGAUGAAAAUCGCAAGCAAAAUCACAGUGAAAUUGAAAAGCGGCGACGAGACAAAAUGAACACAUAUAUCAAUGAGCUAUCCUCGAUGAUACCCAUGUGCUAUGCGAUGCAUCGUAAGCUCGAUAAGCUUACGGUUUUACGAAUGGCGGUGCAACAUUUGCGGGGAAUCCGCGGUAGUUCGUAUAAUGCCGGUGACUACAGACCUAGUUUCCUGUCGGAUCAGGAGCUCAAGAUGAUUAUUUUACAAGCAUCCGAGGGCUUUUUAUUUGUCGUGGGUUGUGAUCGUGGACGCAUUUUAUAUGUUUCUGAAUCCGUCUCCACUAUUUUAAACUGCUCACAGACCGAUCUACUGGGUCAGAGUUGGUUUGAUGUGCUGCAUCCCAAGGAUAUAGGUAAGGUAAAGGAGCAGCUAUCUUCGCUGGAGCAAUGUCCACGUGAGCGACUCAUUGAUGCAAAAACCAUGUUGCCGGUUAAAACAGAUGUGCCCCAAAGCUUGUGCCGUCUAUGUCCAGGUGCUCGGCGAUCCUUCUUCUGUCGCAUGAAACUACGCGCAGCUAACAAUCAAAUCAAAGAGGAGUCCGACACAUCGUCCAGUUCGCGCAGCUCAACGAGGCGAAAGUCCAAGCUAAGUAUUGACCACAAAUAUCGCGUAAUUCAGUGCACUGGUUAUCUGAAGUCAUGGACGCCCAUUAAGGACGAGGAUCAGGAUGCUGAUAGUGAUGAACAGACUACUAAUCUCUCAUGUCUGGUUGCUAUUGGCCGAAUACCUCCCAAUGUUUUAAAUUCUAAUUUGCCCUCCUCCCUGGAUAAUCAACCGAGCAUAAGACACGUUCUCUUCAUAUCACGGCACUCGGCAGAGGGAAAGUUUUUGUUCAUAGAUCAACGUGCCACAUUGGUUAUUGGUUUUCUGCCUCAGGAAAUAUUAGGGACAAGUUUUUAUGAGUAUUUCCAUAAUGAGGACAUAGCCGUCCUAGUUGAAUCCCACAAAAUGGUAAUGCAGUUGCCGGGGAAAGUCAUCACGCAGGUUUAUCGUUUUCGCUGUAAGGAUAAUAGCUAUAUACAGCUGCAAAGCGAAUGGCGAGCUUUUAAGAAUCCGUGGACAAAUGAAAUUGAGUAUAUAAUUGCUAAGAAUUCUGUGUUUUUUUAAGCCCAAUGUACAACCAGUUCAAGAUUGUAUUAAGACCAAAGCUGAGGCAUUUGUCUUAAUAAUCUUAUUUUCAUUGCCAUUUGAUCUUCCAUUUUGAAGUGGUUUAUCUUUCGUAUCAUGUUCAUAGCAUUUAUUACUGUUCCAUAUUCAAUGUAUAAACACAUAUAAAUAAUAUAAUUUAUACAGUUUUAAUAUAAAAUAUACACGUAAUAUACGUCUGUCUAAUCAA